CAAAAAUUAUUAUCUACCCCAAAUGGAUCCGAACCCUUUAUAUUUCCACUUUCUUGUCUUUAUGUUUGUGUUCGUUUCUGUAUUGAUUUUAUGAACACGACUAUUUAUUACUUGACAGAUGACAGAUUAGGCCGAAAAAGAAAACCAAACCAAAGUAAUCACGAAAAACAUAAAAGACAAACUUUUUAAACUUUUAUUAAAUAAACAAAUUAUUUAAACUAUCUUAUUUUUCAAUUACUUUGAUAUAUAUGUAAAUAUAUAAAUAAACAUAAAAUAUAACAAAACAUUAAUCAAAAAUAUCCAAUAUGAUAUGUAACAAAUUUUCGUUUUGAGUGUAUACAAAAAAAAUCUACUUAUUUUUGCAAUCCACUCCACUGAUUGAUUUUAUUUUUGUUUGGUGGAGUUCCAUUAAAGUGAAUUUAUUUGAUUAUUUUUAAAUUUUAUUAUUUCUUGCACAAAUUCUUGAUGUUAUCCAAUAGACUCUUGUGUGUGUUUGCAAACAAAUUAAUCAAAUUCUGAUGAAUUCCAAAGAAGUAAACAAGUAACUAAAUUAAGAACAACAGGAAAUGUCCCAACGUCAAACUCAGUCUGUUUCACCAUUGGCAAGGGUUCGAAACCGUUCAACUAUCGCAAAAUCAGAAUUUCAAACCUCUCAAAUGCCCAGAUCAGAAAGUCAAGGUCAAUCUUCCAGGAAUAAUACGCCUGGAAGUGCUGCUCCAUCGAAUGACGACCAAACAAUUAUUAAUUUACUUAAAACUAUUGCGGAAAACCAAAACGCAUCAGUUUCAUCAUUUUGUCAUGGAUCACCUCCUCAUUGCCAUUGCCAAAUGCAUCCUCCAAAUGAAUGUCAAACUCAAAUACAGAAUCAGUCUUCUCUCAAUAAUAAAGUUGAUUCAGCUGCCAUAAACGAAGAGUCAUCAAUUAAGACUUUAUUGUUAGCUUUUCUUAAAAAUCAAACUCAACAAAAUUCUGCAUGGAAUCAAUGCCCAACUUACAUUAGACUGCAACCAACAAUGCAUCCUUGUCAAAUGCUUGCAAAUCAUUGUCAGCAUCAAAAGCCAAAUCAGUCUGUAAAACAAACUUCGACUCCAUCAGCACCAGCACCAGCUGCUGCAACCAAAGAGGAGGAUCCAUUUACAAGAAGCAUGCUGAUGACUAUUUUGGAAAAACAAAAUAAAAUGGCUGCUCAAGUAGAAAAACUCAUACAAAUGCAGGAGGUAAUUAUGAAAAGACUAGACGGGCUGCCAUUACUACAUUCAGUACCAGUACAAAAUCGGAUUAAUUUUAAGAAAAUUGAUACCGUACAAGAAUGCCAUGAUUUUGAAGAGAAUUUAAAAAAUUUCGAAUACGCUCAAAAUAUGAUAAAACAUUUUGAAUCGGUCUGUGGUGGAAGUAGUGAAUUGUAUGGUGACAAUGUGGCAUAUACUUUAAUUGAUCAAAUAUUUACUCGUCGCCUAUUUACAUUAGUAACAUGGACUGGUGUCUCACGAGGAACUGAAUCCAAAGAAAGUUUCUUACAAUUCGAGCGUAUUUUCCAGUUUUUCUUCGAUUUAAUCAGAAAAAGCGACUCAGAGUACAGCAUAAAAGCAUUGAAAGACUUUUUUCAAAAAAUUAUUUCAAAUUCCAAAAGACGUUUCGAACAUAAACGGGCACGUAUUUCACGUGUAAAGCACAAUUUUAAAAGAAAGAAAUUAUCACUGCCAAAUCAUGAAAUAACUUAUGUUAUGAAUUUACAUAAUUCAAAUAAUGAUAGAGAAGAAGAAAUUAUAACUGAUGAAAUAACAGAUAAUGAUGAUGAUUAUAAAGACAAUAUAAGCAUAUUAUCGAAUGAAUGUAAUAAUGAUGAAGUGGAGACACUGGAUGUAAUGAUUAAAGCUGAGGAAGACGAUGAAGAACAUUUAAUGACAGACGUUUUAGACAGUUAAUUAGCUUAAGGUUAUUCUGUAUGAUCCAUGUACUUUGUUUUUUUUUUUUUUAAUUCACAUAAAUAAAAAUGUGGCCUGUGUUCGUUAGAAACUUAAAAA